CCUACAGUCGUGUGAGCAAGCGAGUCUCGACUGCUCACACACACAGUCACAGGUGCACGGUGCACGGGGGUAGUAGGUCUUGACACUAGCUAGGGGAAGGCCGGCAUGGGCACCAACAGCAGCAACGCUGAGCUGCCGCGGCGGCUCCCGCCGCCUAAGAUGGGGGAGCGCAUCACGGUGCUGAGCAUCGACGGUGGCGGGAUACGCGGGCUUAUCCCGUCGGUCAUCAUCGCCUCCCUUGAGAAGAAGCUCCGAGAGCUGGACGGGCCAAAUGCCCGGAUAGCUGACUACUUCGACCUGAUCGCGGGCACGAGCACGGGUGCUCUGAUCGCAACGAUGUUGGCGAUACCAGAGAAGGGGAAGAAGCGGCCAAUCGCCGCCGAGGAGAUAAAGAAGUUCUACGUCGACAACGGGCCUAAGAUCUUCCCUCCCAUAAAGUAG